CGAUAUGAAGGAUUUUCCUACGCAAUCGGCAUUUUCGCUGGAGAGCAUGAUGGAGUUCUGGCGACCGGGUCGGCAUGACGACAACAAGUUUGCGUACGUGACGUUUGAUGAGCCGUACACGUUGCUCGAACUCAAGUACAUGGACGUCCUGUGCCAAAUCCUGGCCAAGCCACAGUGGUGGGUCAAGUGCCAAGACACGACCAUCUUGUCGAGGUGGAAGGCCGAGUCGACGCUUUCCGACCACGAUUUCGCCUUUCUCGUGCGCGAAUUGGAGCACUACAUCCAACAAUGCCGCUUGGAUGUGGUUGCGUCCUCUCCAGCAUCCACGGACGACCGUCCCCUGAUCAUCCCGUUGCCAGUCCAUGGUGUGUUCAUGACCGACCACGUUGUCGGGUCGGACUUGUUGCGAUCCAUUCAAACGUUGACGGUCAAGCUCGAGAAUCAAGCCCGCGCGCGGGGAGAUUUCCACCCACACUCGAACAACCAGGUCCUCGACAUUGUGCAUCCGUCGUUGUACUGCGCCGUGAACGGCCGGACGCGACUGUCGACUUCGACGGCCGCAGUCGUCGGAGACCACGUGCUAGCAUGGCCCGCGUCGAAGGUAUACGAUGUAUCAAACAAAUUCCAGUGGCUGCCGACGCCCAUUCAUGUGGACGCGUCGGGCUCGGUGUCGUGGCAAGCGUACAUCAACGGCAUCGAUCCUGCCGACCACGUCGCGCUGUACUCGGCGUUGGAGAGUCUAUUUGCAACGAUGGUCCCGAUGUUUGAACAGUGUUUGGCGGCGGUGGACUCGCAGCCACCCCACCGCAUGCAGAACAUCGACAUGAGUGCCGUCAUGCCAAAGAACCGCCGCGAGUGUGCAGAGGAAGCGUUCCGCGCGUUGCAGCGCGAGACAAACCCCAACAUCACGGACGAAGACCUGAGCGAAAUGGACGACGGCCUGGACGAGUUCACGGACGACUUUGACGAGAGCCAAGUCCCGCUCUUCCUCCCGACCCUUCCGACCGACACAGAUGGCUGUUGGGCGGCAUACCCCGCCGUGGAUUUGAAAGGCAAGAACCUCCAAGUGAUCGUCAAGGUGGCGUCGAUUGAGCUCACGCCGGACAAGCCGCGGUACCCCGGCGGGUCAUGGCACGUUGAAGGAAUGACCCAUGAAAGCAUCGCGGCAACCGGCAUCUUGUACUACGACUGCGACAACAUCACGACGUCCAAGCUCUCGUUUCGCCAUGUGUACGACCCGUACUACGAGUUCGACUACGAGCAGGACGAACACACAGCGAUCUCGGCGGUCUACGGCAUCACCCGCGAAGGUUGCGACAAUACGCAAGUCGUCGGCCAUGUGGUUGCUGCGACUGGGCGAUGCGUCGUCUUUCCCAACUUCCUGCAGCACUGCGUCGCGCCGUUCGAGUUGGCCGACCCGACGCGAAAUGGCCACCGGAAAAUCGUGUGCUUCUUCCUGAUCAACCCGGACCACUCGAUCUUGUCGACCGCAAACGUCCCGCCGCAGCAGGAGUCGUGGACCCGUCCAAGAAUGGACUCGGCGUUUGCAGGAACCUUGCCCGACGAAGCGCUCGACGCAAUUCGAACCAUGUCGGGGGUCAUGUCCCAUGCCCAAGCCAAAGAGUACAUGCUCGAGCUCAUGGAAGAGCGCAAGAACAGCUCCGUGUUCGCCCAAUUCCUGACCGAAGAAGUGUCGCUUUGCGAGCAUUGAUAGGUCAGGCACCUGUGACUCCAUUGCAUGCUGUGUUGAAUUAGUUGACGUUUUGUCGAUCUGCCAAAAGCGUUCC